CUGCUCCAACUGGUAACCCGCUCCCACCUGGAGGGGUUUCACUACCGCCCUCGCAUCGACAAGGAGCUGCUGGAACAGCACCGGCAGGGCCUCAUCUGUCUGUCAGGCUGCGCUUCGGCGGAGGUGCCCACGCUGCUGGCCGACGGCAACUACGACGCGGCCCGCGAAAAGGUGGGUUGGUAUCGCGAGCUGUUUGGUCAGGACUACUACCUGGAGCUGCAGCACCACGAGCACGUCCCGCAGCUGCCCGCCAUCAACGAGAGCCUGAUCCGCCUGAACAAGGACACCGGCAUUCCACUGCUGGUGACUAACGAUGCCCACUACGUGCGGCAGCGCGAACACCAGUUUCAGGAUGUGUACAUCUGCAUCCAGACCGGCACCAACGUCCACGACGAAAAGCGGCUGCGGAUGGAGGAUUCCUCCUAUUACAUCAAGUCGCCCGCCGAGAUGGCCUCCCUGUUUCCCCAGUUCCCGCAGGCGCUGGACAUCACCGGGGAGGUUGCCCAGGGAUGCAACGUGUCGCUGGGAUUUGGGCAGAUGCACCUGCCCAGGUACAACACCCCCAACAACGAAGAUGCUGACGCCUAUCUGGAACGCAUCUGCUGGGAAGGGUUCCGGAAACGCUACGGCAAUAAUCAUGAGGAAGCCCGCGUCCGCAUGGAGUAUGAACUGGAGGUGGUGAAGCAGACCAGCUUCGCCAACUACUUCCUGGUGGUCUGGGACAUCAUUUCCUUCGUGCGUCAGCAGGAAAUCCUGUUCGGCGUGAGGGGUAGCGCGGCGGCCAGCAUCGUUCUGUACUGCCUCGGCAUUACCGAGAUUGACCCGCUGGAAUACCGCCUCGUGUUCGAGCGUUUCCUGAACUUCGAGCGCAAGGAAAUGCCCGACAUAGACAUGGACUUUCAGGAUGACCGGCGCGACGAGGUGCUGCGCUAUGUCAUUGACCGCUACGGCAGCGACCGGGUGGCCCAGAUCAUUACCUUCGGAACCAUGGGCCCCAAGGCGGCGCUACGAGAUGUUGGCCGCGGGUUGGGGAUGAGCUACGGCGACGUUGACCGGGUGGCGCGCAUGGUGCCCAAUCGCUCCCGAACACUGUCCGAUGCCCUGGCCGCCAACCCGGAGUUGAAGCAAACCUACGAAAGCGACCCCGCGAUGCAGAAUCUGGUGGACAAUGCGCAGGCCCUGGAAGGUAUCGUCCACCACGUUAGCACCCACGCCGCCGGCGUUCUGAUUGCCGACGAACCGCUCACCGAAACGGUGCCCCUGCAACGUCCGGCCCGCGGCGAUGAAAACAGCCCGGUGAUGAUGACCCAGUUCUCCAUGGACCCGGUGGCCAAGCUGGGCCUGCUCAAAAUGGAUUUCCUGGGCCUCACCAACCUUACCAUCCUGGAUCGCACCAUCAAGCUGCUUGACGAAGAGCGUGGCAUACGCAUCGACCUGGGCCGGCUGGGGCUGGACGACGAAGAAGCCUACGAACUGCUGGGCACCGGCAACACGUCCGACCUGUUCCAGUUGGAAUCAGCCGGUAUGCAGCGCUACAUCAAGGAGCUGAAACCGUCGAACCUGGGCGACAUUGCGGCCAUGAUUGCGCUGUACCGCCCCGGGCCUAUGGAGCACAUCGACCGGUUCAUCCGCUCCAAGCACGGGCGGGAGGAAGUCACCUACCCCCACCCCAGCAUGAAGGAACUGCUGGACGAAACCUACGGCGUCAUCGUCUACCAGGACCAGGCAAUGGGCAAAAAGAUUCCCGCGUUGAUGGCCGAGGAACGGGACCGCUUCGUGGCCGGCGCCGUUGCCCAGGGCUACACGGAGAUGAUGGGCACCGAGAUUUUCGACCUCAUCGAGCCCUUCGCCGGCUAUGCGUUCAACAAAGCCCACAGCGUCAGCUACGGCCUCAUCUCCUACUGGACGGCCUAUUUCAAGACUCACUACGCGCUGGAAUACAUGGCCUCGGUGCUGAACUGCCGCCUCGACCAUGCCGACCGGUACGUUGCGUCCAUCAACGAAUGCACGCGAAUGGGCAUCACCAUCGGGUUGCCCGACGUGAACGCAUCCGGCGUGCUCUAUACCAUCGACAAGACGGUGGACAAGUCGGCCGGCCUGGGCCAGCUGCGCGUCGGUUUGACGGCGGUUAAAACCAUUGGCGAGGGCGCCGUGAACCCAAUCGUCGCCGAGCGGACGGCCAACGGUCCCUACACCUCGGCGCUGGCCAAGGCCGGGGCGUUCGACUCGCUGGCGCCGCGGGCUGCCGUGGUGGGCGCGCUGGAUCGCAUCUGGGCGGUGGCACAGCAGGAGACCCGGAACCGCAACUCCGGGCAGUUCGGUAUGUUCGGCAACGAGCUGGACAGCAACUCCGGCGGUACCCUGCUGGAACUGGUCACCAAAUCAACCUGA